CAUCAAACAGAUUCUUCUUCUUUCUUCCAAAAAUUUCUAAGUAUGCUUUUGUGUUCUUGAGCCUAAAACCUAAAGUGGUGAUAGUUUUAUCCUCAGUAGAAAUUUCUUUUAACCCAAGGCUUUGUAGAGGCGGAAAGUUAAUGUUGUUCACGACUCUAUCAUUAUCCUAUUCGCCCGAUAUCGGGCUAUCAUACGUGUACCAUCGUCCCAAAAAUGUCCCAACAUCUGGGACUGAAGGAAGCCAACGGCUGAAGAGCCCAGCACAGAAGCCGAAGGAAAGCGGGGACAGGAGAGCCGUGAUGAUUAUUUCCACGACGUCGUCGUUGUCGCGGUUGAUUAUCCGGAACGCGUGCUGCAAUUCUGAGCUCACCGGAGGAGGACCACUCGCCGGAGGAGGACCACUCGCCGGAGGAGGAGUGCAGGAGGACGCAACUUCAUGGAGGAGCUCCAGACUCGCGAUGACCACGAGGGUUCGCUGGCCUAUUUUUAGGGUGAACAUAGGGUCGUAUUUUUCCUUACGCGGCGGAACCUGAAGAUGACGUCGUGGCGGUGGAGGAAGAGUUGGAACAAGUUGUCGACUAGCGGCCAGCCCCGGUGGCUCUUCAUAGUGGUAUCCUGGUAGGCCAGUGCGGGAAAGGGAGGAAGGAAAAUGCCAGGGGGAGGGACACACACCUCACAUAUUAUGCUAGAUUGCUAGUUAAUAUAUAAAAGCCUAGGUUUGAGUUACUAUUCGUUUGUGGCUCUCACACUUCUCCAAGUGCAAGUAAGGAAGUUCCAAACCCCUCUUUUACCCCACUCUCCAUUUUACAACCUUUGUGUUUAGUUAUUGUUCUCUAGGUUUUCGUCUAUGGCUUUUUGCACAAAUCAUCGUCUUUGUAUUUUGUUAUUGUUCGCUAGGUUUUCGUCUAUGACCUUUUUCACAAAUCAUCGCAUUUGUGUUUAGUUAUUGUUCGCUAGGUUUUCGUCUAUGGCUUUUUGCAAAAAUCAUCGCCUUAGCCUAGGUUUGAGUUACUAUUCAUUAGUGGCUCUCACACUCCUCCAAGUGCAAGUGGGGAAGUUCCAAGCCCCUCUUUUACCCCACUCUCCAUUUUACAACCUUUGUGUUUAGUUAUUGUUCGCUAGGUUUUCGUCUAUAGCUUUUUGCACAAAUCAUCGUCUUUGUAUUUUGUUAUUGUUCGCUAGGUUUUCGUCUAUGACUCUUUUCACAAAUCAUCGCAUUUGUGUUUAGUUAUUGUUCGCGAGGUUUUUGACUAUGGCUUUUUGCAAAAAAUCAUCGCCUUUUCCCACCAUUUUGCAACCCAUCUCGAAAUAUAAAAGCCUAGGUUUGAGUUACUAUUCAUUAGUGGCUCUCACACUCCUCCAAGUGCAAGUGGGGAAGUUCCAAGCCCCUCUUUUACCCCAUUCUCCAUUUUACAAUCUUUGUGUUUAGUUAUUGUUCGCUAGGUUUUCGUCUAUGGUUUUUUGCACAAAUCAUCGUUUUUGUAUUUUGUUAUUGUUCGCUAGGUUUUAGUCUAUGACUUUUUUCACAAAUCAUCGCACUUGUGUUUAGUUAUUGUUCGCUAGGUUUUCGUCAAUGCCUUUUUGCAAAAAUUGUCGUCUUUUCUCACCAUUUUGCAACCCAUCUCGAAAUCAUAUCGGCAAAAUCCUAAGUUGUUCCCCACCACCGUUUUCCAAGGCCGCUACCACGAGUUUUGUAUUGGGACCGAGUUUCAUCCUCUUUAAUGUUUUUUCUUUCUUUUUUCCCUUUUGUUGAGCAUGAUCACAAUUGAACCCAAAACACAUGGGUAUCCUAACUUGAACACAAAUCAUCGUCUUUGCUGAUAUGAUCCCAAAUUGCCAACCAUUCACGUCACAAUUACUUGACAAAGAAGCUAUCAAAGUUGGGAAGAAGAAAGGCAGAAUUUGGCUAAGUUAAAAUCCAUGUUCAGGGUACAUACUUUGGAGGCAUGGUUCUUUCAAUUGGCUUGGUGAAAAUUCCAUUUCAAGGGCUUGUUUUACAGACAAAGUUGCCAUGUUUCCAAUGGUAUGCUUUGUGGAUCCAGAAGAUGUGAUUAAGGUUGUUUUCCAAGGCAGAAAACUGUUUUGUGAAGCCUACUUUGGAGCUUAAUUCGAGGAGUAUGGAUCUGAUUCAAGUCCAAAGGCUUCCACAACAUGAAACUAGGUAUGUUUAUCUACCAAGGGAAGGAAUCGGAUGAAAGAUUGGAGUUCUGGAAGGCCUCGAACAAAAGGCGCGAAGUUAGUACGAAAGCUGCUUUUGGACUGUUUGCUGACAGCUUAUACUUGCGCUUGAAGAAAAGGAGUUUAAACCCGAAUUUUUGUGUCCUUUUUAGUGUAGACUUUUAACUUAAUUGUUGCCUAGUUCUAUUAGGAUUUUAUUAGGUUUUAUUUUCCUUUAAAUACCGUUCUAUUUACAUUGUAAAAACAUAAGACUUUGAUUAAUCGAAAAACAAACCCUUUGGUUUUGU